AUGGAUGCCGAUGUCGAUGCGAUCGACAUCGAUGAUGAUGACGACGACGAUUCUGGUAGAUUCAGCAUCGCCAAUGACUGCCAAAGUGAGGACGAUGACACCCUCACCGGUAAAGAUAACGUUCUUUCAGCAGUGCACAAUAAGCGCACUGCUGUUGACAAGGAUGAACUAGCAUAG